UGUGGCCUUUUCAGAUAUGCGUUUGAGGCAGAGCUCUACAGCAUAGAACCUGAACAUGCCUGGGGAAGUGCUGGCUGUCACUACGUUCCUUGCCUGUCUGCACCUCUGCCUGGUUUGGAUGCUGUGAUGUACAGCCGGGCACCUUAACCAAAGUGGUUCUCCCACAAGGCGCAGUCGGCCAAAGGUCAGAUCCACUGGUCAUGAUGGCCAGCCAGCCGCCAGAAGACGCUGCCGAGGCUCAGGUCUCUGACGAGCUGGAGUGUAAGAUCUGUUACAACCGCUACAAUCUGAAGCAGAGGAAACCCAAAGUGCUGGAGUGUUGCCACAGAGUCUGUGCCAAAUGCCUCUACAAGAUCAUAGACUUUGGGGACUCCCCGCAGGGCGUCAUCGUCUGUCCUUUCUGCAGGUUUGAGACCUGCCUGCCUGAUGACGAGGUCAGCAGCCUGCCAGACGACAACAACAUCCUCGUAAACUUGACUUGCAGUGGUGGCAAAGGCAAGAAGUGCUUGCCAGAGAACCCCACGGAGCUGCUGCUGACCCCCAAGAGGCUGGCCUCUCUGGUCAGUCCGUCUCACACGUCCUCCAACUGCCUGGUUAUCACCAUCAUGGAGGUGCAGAGGGAGAGCUCUCCAUCUCUGAACUCUACUCCCGUGGUGGAAUUUUACAGACCGGCUAGCUUCGACUCUGUCACCACGGUGUCACACAACUGGACUGUGUGGAAUUGCACGUCCCUGCUGUUUCAGACGUCCAUCCGCGUGUUAGUCUGGUUGCUAGGUUUGCUGUACUUCAGCUCCUUACCCUUAGGAAUCUACUUACUGGUCUCUAAGAAAGUCACCCUUGGGGUCGUCUUUGUCAGCCUCGUCCCCUCGAGCCUCGUUAUUCUCAUGGUGUAUGGUUUUUGCCAGUGUGUUUGUCAUGAGUUUCUAGACUGUAUGGCACCUUCUUCUUAA